GGAUACAGCUCGGCGAGAGGAGGGAACUUUGUAUGGACAUGUGGAUAUUUUGGGAUAAUUUCUACUUUAAAACAGAAAACCACACCUGUCAAGGAAAGGAUAGCGUUUAACCCUUGAUAUCUUUCAUAUAUAUAUAUUUCAAAAUUAUAUUUCGACCUUAAUUAACCAUGACUGAAAUUGCAGUUUGACUUACACCACAAAUCAAAAUGCGCACCGUUUUCAAAUCUGUUGUUUAAGAAAAGGAGGCGCUCAUUAAAGCCUGCCAAUGCUCACUUUUUGUCGGCACUUCAAAGCAAGUUCUUGAAGUAUUAUUUUUCCACGACUUUCGGUUAAAAACAAAGCAACAGCAUGGCAGAGCACGAGAGCUUGGAGUUUGGAAAGGCAGACUUUGUGCUGUUGGACAACGUGUCUAUGGAAGAAUUCAUGGCCAACCUAAAACUCAGGUUUGAGAAGGGGAGGAUCUACACCUACAUUGGGGAGGUGGCGGUGUCCGUCAACCCUUACCGUGCCAUGAACAUUUACGGCCGAGACACCAUUGAGCAGUACAAAGGCCGUGAGUUGUACGAGAGGCCGCCACACCUUUUUGCCAUCGCUGAUGCUGCUUACAAAGCCAUGAAGAGGAGGAACAAAGACACUUGUAUUGUCAUCUCAGGGGAAAGUGGAGCAGGAAAGACUGAGGCCAGCAAGUACAUAAUGCAAUACAUCGCUGCUAUUACCAAUCCUAAUCAGAGGGCUGAAGUUGAAAGAGUAAAAAACAUGCUGCUCAAAUCCAACUGUGUCUUGGAGGCCUUCGGGAACGCCAAGACCAACCGCAAUGACAACUCCAGCCGCUUCGGCAAAUACAUGGACAUCAACUUUGACUUCAAGGGAGAUCCAAUCGGAGGCCAUAUCAACAAUUACCUGCUGGAAAAGUCCAGGGUAAUUUUCCAACAGGAAGGAGAGAGGAGCUUUCAUUCAUUCUACCAGCUGCUCAAAGGAGCUCCAGAAUCUCUGCUACGCUCUCUUCACAUCCAGAAAGACCCAACAGCCUACAAUUACAUCAAAGUUGGAGGGCAUAUCAAGUCUAGCAUCAAUGACAAUGCUGAUUUCAAAGCUGUAGCCGAUGCCAUGAAAGUGAUUGGGUUCACAGGGGACGAGAUUCAGACGGUUUACAAGAUCCUGGCCACCAUCCUGCAACUGGGAAACCUGACAUUCGGAGUGGAUGGUGAUGUGACCCUGAUAGAGAACACAAAGCUGGUGUCUGUGAUCAGGGACCUGCUUUCCACCAAGGAGGAAAAUGUGGAGAAGGCGCUGCUUUACCGAACCGUUGCCACAGGUCGAGACGUCAUUGAAAAACAGCACACGAUACAGGAAGCCAGCUAUGGGCGGGACGCUCUUGCAAAGGCAAUGUAUGAACGUCUGUUCUGCUGGAUCGUGGGACGCAUUAAUGACAUUAUUGAGGUGAAAAACUACGAUGCCAGAGUCCACGGCAAGAACACAGUAAUCGGGGUGUUGGACAUCUAUGGCUUUGAGAUUUUCCAGAAUAACAGCUUUGAACAGUUCUGCAUCAACUACUGUAACGAAAAGCUUCAACAGCUCUUCAUCCAGCUGGUGCUGAAGCAGGAACAGGAAGAGUAUCAGAGAGAAGGCAUCCCCUGGAAACAUAUUGAUUACUUCAACAAUCAGAUCAUUGUUGACUUGGUGGAGCAGCAGCAUAAGGGCAUCUUCUCAGUUCUGGAUGAAGCCUGUAUGAAUGUGGGCAAAGUCACCGAUGAGGUUUUCCUCCAAGGACUCAACGGCAAGCUGGCCAAGCACGCCCACUACACCAGCCGCAAGCUCUCACCAACUGACAAGAGUCUGGAGUUCGACAGAGACUUUCGCAUCAGGCACUAUGCUGGGGACGUGGUGUACUCAGUGGUGGGUUUUAUUGAUAAGAACAAGGACACUCUGUUCCAGGAUUUUAAACGACUGCUGUACAACAGUUCCAACCCGGUUCUGAAGGGCAUGUGGCCUGAGGGCAAACUGAGAAUCACUGAGGUCACCAAACGGCCACUGACGGCAGCAACGCUCUUCAAAAACUCCAUGAUCUCACUGGUGGAAAACCUCGCCAGCAAGGAACCCUACUAUGUGCGCUGCAUCAAGCCCAACGAUGUGAAGUCUCCUCUGCUGUUCGAGCAGGAGCGCUGCCGCCAUCAGGUGGAGUAUCUGGGCCUGCUGGAGAACGUCAGAGUGCGCCGUGCCGGCUUCGCAAACAGACAGACGUACCCUCGCUUCCUACAGAGAUACAAGAUGAUCUCAGAGUUUACAUGGCCAAACCAUGACUUGCCGUCAGACAAAGACGCCGUGAAGAAGCUUCUCCAAGGUUGCGGAUUUGACCAUGAUGUGGCCUACGGCAAAACAAAAGUCUUCAUCCGCACACCACGUACUCUCUUCAGCCUGGAGGAGCAGCGAGCUGAAAUGGUCCAGAGAAUCGUCCUCUUCCUCCAGAAGGUGUGGAGAGGAACCAUCGCCAGAAUGCGAUACCGGCGGAUGCGCGCUGCCCUGAUCAUCCUGCAGGCCUACCGACGCUACAAGGUCAAGUCCUACAUCCGCGAAGUCAACCGUCGCUUCAAAAACAUACGAUCCAUGAGGGAUUACGGUCGGCAUGUAAAGUGGCCCACGCCGCCCAAAGUCCUGCGGAAGUCUGAAGAGGCGCUCAAGAGCAUCUACAACAGGUGGUGGGCAUGGACGCUGAUCAAAGGCCUUUCUCCAGAGGAAACUCUGCAGGUGAGGGCCAAGGUAGCCAGCUUGGAGGCCCUGAAGGGCCAGAGGGCCGACCUGGGGCUACAGAGAACCUGGGAAGGAAACUACCUGAAGCGUGACAGUCCUGACCUGGCUGCAUCAUUCACACUGGUUUCCAGUGAGCUGCAGAGGAAAGAUAAAUUCAUGAGAGUUUUAUUCUCCUGCAACGUGCGAAAGAUCAACCGUUUCCACAAGGCAGAGAACCGGGCUGUGCUCAUCACUGACCGCCACCUGUACAAGAUGGACCCCCUGAGGCAGUACAAACCCAUGAAGAGCAUCCCCCUCUACAACGUGACGGGACUGAGCGUGUCCCCUGGGAAGGACCAGCUGGUUGUGUUCCACACUAAGGACAGCAGGGAUCUCGUGGUGUGCCUGCAGGGCAUGGUGCCUGCCAAUGAGAGUCGCAUCGGGGAGCUGGUUGGCACUCUGCUGAGCCAUUUCAAGAGUGAGAAGAGGAAGCUUCAGGUGAACAUUGCGAGUCCCAUUCAGUGCAGCAUGAACGGGAGAAAAUGCACCGUCAUCGUCGAACCCAAGAUCAACCAAUCACAGCCAGACUUCACCAAGAGCAGAUCUGGUUACAUCCUGGCUGUUCCAGGAAACUGACCUGGUCCCAAAAAAGAUACAGCUGAUUUUCAAAACCAGGCUGGGAUAAUAAUGAUGAUGAAGAUUCACACCAUAUAUGUAAGAUGAGGAUUACUGAAUCCUCGGUUUUCAAAGAUAUGCCAAAUUUGACCCUUGUUUUGUUUUUGUUUUUUAGUCAGAGUUUAGCAUGCUUCAAUGGACAAAAUGUUAGUUGAACAAAUUUCAAAGCGUGCGCUAAAUGAUUUUUCACCAGAGGUGCUUUUUUAUUUUUUUAAUUAUCCAAAUUUCAGUUGAUUUUGCUUUGUGCAAUAUUUAGUUUAUUGCAGGUUGAUUAUUGUGAGUCAAGGUGGGAUCAGAUUAUACAACAACCUUUCUCAGAACCACACAUAUUGCAUAACAGGGUAAAAAAAAAAGCUUUGCAGGUAUUUAUAAUCCCCGAAGCUUCAUGUGUAGUAACCUGAACAGAAACUUUGUGUUCAAGCAUGACUUUAAUUUGUAAUUUCUGCUAUAAAGUAGAGAGUAAAAACCUUUGUUUUGUGAUUUUAAAAAAUUACAACUUUAAUUAUGUUAACUAAAGACUUGCCUACCUAGAGGGUAAAAGGAACGACCUGUGUUGUGUAUUUUUAGUUUGUUAUCUGUUUACAUUCACAUGAAGGAACAGCGAAAGUGUCAGAGGCACAAAUUACAAAUAUGUGAUAGUUUUAGUUUUAGGCUGUUGAGUAGGAUGUGCUGAGCAUAUCCUGAACAAAGCAGCCUGAUAAACACAACACAUUCAAAUAUUAUAAUUUAAACCCUGCAUCUUAUGCUCUCUAUGCAAUAUCGUUUUGUAAUAUUCCUGCUUAUACAUUAAAGAUUAGAAUAUAAUGUAUAUGACCAGCAUUAGAUUACAAAUAUGUGUAUCACAAGACUUGUACUCAGUAUAGUGUUUAAAGUAAUGUUAUGACUGAAGCUGAAUAACUGGCAGUAAAUCAUUUGGAGAUGAAGGCUUUUUUUAUUUUUCUUUCUUUAACUAUCUUUAGUUCAUAUUCUCUCUAGAUGCCAGAUUUAAUGCUUUUGCUUAGCAACAGUGUUGCUGGCCAGUACUGUAGGAUCAUAUUUGAACUCUAAACUUAGUUUCAUUUGCAGUCUUUAUUUGUAGUGAAGAGUCUACAACUUCUCGUGGUCUUUUGUCUUUUGAAACAGCCUUCCACUGGACACACUCCAUCAUCACAGCGAUGGAGUGUGUGUGUAUGUGUGAUUGGGGGAGUGUGGACUUCAUGUGUACAGAUUCACCCUUUUAGCUCAACUACUCUUGGCUUAGAGACUGACUCAGAGCUUGGCUCGUUGGGUGGGUCAGGGGGUCUGCACUCAGACUGCUUAGCCAAGGCUUUUUGUAUUAAUUAGUUGACUUUUCAAAGACUUGAUUUUCACUAACUCCAAGUGUUUAGAGCCAAAUAAUCCUCAUCUUAUUAGUGUUAAACAUAGUUCCUGAGUCACAUUUUUGUUUUUACAAGCUGUGUUGAAAGAUCUCUCCCUGUUUUCAAUCAUCUAUCCAUCACUUAAUGUUGUUUUUCCAAAAAUUUAUUGCAAUACAAGCAGGAGAUAUAUCUAAAUUUUAUAAGUUUUGAUAGUGAUAUCCAAAGAUGAAGUGAAAAGAAGACAUCAAAACAUCAGGCAUCCACAGUUUGUUGUAAGAUGAUUAGAUCUUAGCUCCAGAACGACUCCUAAAUGGAUCUUGAGUGUGUUUUCUGAAUUUCUGCUUUCUAGGCAAAUAAUGAACUAGUGACCAAACUCCACCUGCUGUUAGAAAUCAAAUCAGAUAUGUUAUCAGAUUUUUUUCUGUUUGGUUCAGAAAUUGGCAGAAAUUACUUAAAUUAGGAAACAAUGUAUUUUUAGAUCCACUGAGACUUUGGUGAAAAGCGGUUGAAAACCAGCAGUCUGAGGUUACAAAUCACAGCUUCCACUGUGUUUGCCCAAGUUUAAGAGGCUUCACCUCAACAGGAAGGAAGACUAGUUAACAGUUUAGUCACCGUGUCAGUCGCCUAACUGCUUGAGUGCUGCCUGAACAAGGCAUUUAUCUUAAUUAGCUGCUGAGUGUCAUUUGAAGAAGCAAAUCUCUACUCCACCUCCCCGCUCUCUGUCGGAUGACCUUGUCUGUUGCUUGAUAAGACACCUUGAGGCAGAAAAGAGGUGUUUAGGGAAAUUUGUGUAUUUGUUGUGUGGAUUAAGGAAGCGACAUUGGUGGUGUUAAUAAAGGCGCUCAUGAGUAAGGAGUGUGUGUAUCUGUAUGUGCACUGUAAAAUCUCUGCAUAUCUUCCAGCUUGGUAAUCUCCUACAGGGUUUCUCUCCUCUCUGCUCCGAUAUUCGUCCUUUAGCAUUAGGUUGGACUCACUUCUACACUUCAGCGCUUCUCCUUUUGCUUUUUACGGGGGGGUUGUUGGUGAACAAAGACUUGCUUGGCCUCCUCUGCCUCCCUGUCUCCCUGCCCCCAUUCCUCCUUCCUUUUCCACUUUGCUUCCCCUGUCAAAUCGCUUGGCUCCUCGCCCAGUUGGGCUGACUGUACCAUCCUGCGGGGCAGUGGAGCUUUUUUUUUUUCCUCUCCAGUGCCCAUGAGGUGUGAAAACAAAGGGAAUGAAUUCCAGCAACAGAAAAUGUAAACUAAUACCAGGAAUAUAAUGAAGCAACAAAGGUGUUAUUCAAAUAAUGCCCACAAACCACUCCACUACACACAUUUAUCCUCCCUUUGGCUUUACCCCUCUGUCUCGCAGAUGUAAAGUCCCCGGUUUUUGGUUUUGUUUUUUUUUUUUUAGAUCAAGGGUUAGUUGUCUUCUAGCUCAAGAACAUAUAUGGGAUCAUCUGGAAUAGCUACUACUAUUCCUUGAUCCCCAAAAGAGAAGCGAUUCCUCACUUCUGCAAAUAGAAGGCCAUGGUCAAGGCAAAGAAUUGGGAUUAAACCUAAAUCUGUCCUCAGGCAGUAAACUCUUCAAAACUGCUGUAUCUUUGUGCUUCUUCUCACCACAUGGGUGUCUCAUGAGCCGCAUUUUCCCACAAUAGUGCACAAAUAAACAUUAAAACUUGUAGCUGAUCAAAAAGAAAUGAUGCAUAUUUAAUCAUGUGUUGACAUGCAGAUGCUUGUAUUCUAGGCCAGCGACACCAGUCCAAUGAAUGCAUUAUGACCAUAGCUCAUCCAGAUUGUGCAUGUAAAUGUAGACCUCAUGGCUUCCUGGGACUUCCUAUCUUACUUAAAGAUAAUUAAGGAGGGCUUUUGUUGGGAAAUACUAACAGUGUACUAACACAUACUUGCUGCAGUAGUAAAUAUUUCCACCAGCAGGUCAGUGUAUGUAAAUUUGGACCAAAAUUUAUGUUGUUGGGUGUCAUUGUUCAUGACCAAACACGUCACCAAGGACAACAGUCUUGCUUACUGUUGUGCUUUCAAUACUUUUUAGAGAUGUAAGGCAUUUAAAAUGCUGUAUGUCUGGCUUUAACUACACCUUAAAAACAUGAUUGGUUCUGGUAUUUUAUGGGAUUUGUUGUAAAAAUAAGGAACAUCCCCUGAUUCAUUCCCUAAUGAUUUGCUUUUGGUGUGCAAAACUAAUCACUGAUUACUUUUCCAUUAUGCUAAUCAUCAAAAGUAAAAAUCAAGCUUUUUUUUAAUUAUUAUCCUGAUCUGUUUGUAAGUGGGUUUAAAUAUGAAUGUUAUCACUUGUGCCAUCAUGUUCUUCUCCUUAAUGUUGGAAAGAAUUCUGUCUAGUUGCAGCGUUUUGUCUCAGGCACAUCUAGCAUCCCUGUUAUUAAGCCCAACCAAGUCAGCCAAAGAAUAACAGUCCAUUUUCUCUGUAAUUUAUUUUGCUUUCAGUGUCUGUAAGCAAAACCUGUAUGUAUGCACCGUUUAUUCAGUAUGUGCCUUAUUUUACAAUAAGUUUGUAUUUUGCGUAUAUGUGCAAUAUGCCAUUAUCAUCUGCAUAGAUAUACUGUAAUAUCCAGUUUAAGUCUAAAGGGAAAUGCUGUAAUACUGUGUUGUGCAUUUGUUUCUGUAUGAAAGCAGGUUUGGCAUUCCUUCAUGUUCCAUGAUGAAAAUAUUUCAUUAAUCAAUUUAUUAAUAAAUUUAUUUGCUUCAAUCAUC